AUGCCUUUCAUCAAAAAGUUUAUAUCCUCUUGGAAAGCCUCUCCGACAUCGAGCGAACACGGAACGAAAGAGCCAGUGGACAGUGAUCCGAAUGUAAAAAACACAAUGUUCAACCGUACUCUAAACAUUUCUCAAAACCAGAGCACACUUAAUUGUUCAAUUUUUCCCAAUGAAAUUUUACUUCAAAUUUUAGAUUUUAUUGAUGAUUGUAAUUAUGAAUUUAUUGGAGGAGUUUUUAUGAAAGUUUGUAAACAAUGGUAUUGUGCUUCCAUUACAGGAAGAAGUAUAAGUUUGGAUUUUUCAAAGUGUAAAAUAUCGAGAAACAAGUUCGAUUUAAUUUUCCGAACCAAAAGACAGAAUAUUCAGCCCUUGCUUCUUUCAAAUCUCACAGAACUCAACUUGGAAGGCUGUAUAGUUGGUAAGAAAGGGUUAAAGUCCAUUAUGAAAUGUGAAUUUAUAAGCAAUUUAACAUCACUCAAUUUGAGUUAUAACAAGUUUAAGCACAGGGGCUUGAAACGCAUUGCAAAGUGCACAUACUUGAGCAAACUGACCUAUCUAAAUUUGCAAUUUACUGACCCAGGUUCAGAAUUAAAUUUGACAGCAAUUUCACAGAGCGACUUUAUGAGUAAUUUGAGAGUUCUAAAAUUGAAUGAUUGUUCCGUUCCCAUAACUUCAUUACAUCAAAUAUUCAGCAGUGAAAAGAUGAAGAACUUGUUGGAAUUGAAGGUUUCAGCACCAUUUUUUGGCACAGACGUCUAUUUACAGGAAUUUACUCUAUUGCUUACAGCACAGAAUUCUUGUUUAAAACAUUUAACGUCACUUAGCAUGAGUAGUAUUCGUCAAGAAGCACUUGACAUACAGUCGAUUGUAAACAGUGAAAACUUACAACACCUCACUUUACUGAAUUGCAAAAGAAGUGGUAUUGAUGAUUUUGGAGCUUCCCAAAUUGCAACAAGCAAAUACAUGAGCAAUUUGAGAGAAUUGGAUAUUUCUAACAAUUUUCUUCGAAAUGAUGGAAUUAAAUCCAUAGCGAAUAGUGAGUUGAUGAGUCAUUUAACUUCAUUAAGAGUGGGUGGAAACAACAAGAUCACUGCUCAGGGAGCACAAUUUAUUGCAUCGAGUCAGUAUAUGAAAAAUUUGACUUGUUUGCGCAUGUCACACACAGAUAUAGGUUGCGAAGGCACUUCCUUCAUUGCAUCGAGUGAAUUUCUUAAUCAGCUGACAGAUCUCUCACUGAGUUACACCAAUUGCGGAAAUCAAGGAGUUUUCCAUAUUGCAUCCAGCACAACACUCAACAACUUACGACGUCUAGCAUUGAAUGGAAAUGGCAUUCAAGAUUUGGCAAUUCUCACGCUUUCCCAAAGUCCUUCAAUGAGACAACUCACAGCAUUGAAUUUACAUGGAAAUAAUAUUGGAUCAGAGUCUGUGGUCGCCAUCUCUUUGCGUUCACAAAUGAGUAGACUUUCCAUUCUCGAUUUGAGUAAUAACUAUGGUGCCUUGUCUUCAGAAAUCAUGCAUCUUUUAGCAAAUAGCGAAUACAUGCACAACAUAACCAAUUUGAAUAUUCGAAAGACGAUUUCCAGUGUAACUGGGUAUGAACACAUUCGUCCACUUUUCACUAUUACAGAAAAUAGAAGGAAUGUAAUUGAAAAUAUUACCAUGUUGAAUUUAGAUGGAAAUAAUAUUGGUGAUGAAGGUGUGAAAAUUAUUUCACAAUGUGAUUAUAGACAUCAUCCACGUCUCACCUCUCUCAAUUUAGCCAAAAAUAAUAUUACUGCAAAGGGAGUGCAAUUCAUGACAGAGAGUAUUAAUUUUCUGAACAUUUUAGAAUUGAUAUUAGAUUUCAACGAGAUUGGUAAUGAAGGAGCCAUCUUGAUUUCCCAUGCAAAACAUUUUAAAAAUCUCACCUCUCUCAGUGUGCAUGACAAUCAAAUUAGCAAGCAAGGAGAAGAAGCAUUAACACAACAAGAACGCAUUUCACAAAAUAUGCCCAAGCUAACUCGGUUGACUCUCAGCUGGCACUACAAUCCUGUAACAGUCAGAGAAUUUCUGUAA